GAAGGCGAGAGUUGGGGGCGGUUGGGCCGCCAUUUUGUUCCUCGGGCAAGUGGAAGCCGCGCGCAGGGUCGACUAGUUCACUUAGACGCUGCCCGGGGGACUUUGCGAGGGAAGAGAACGGGGGUGGGUAGGAGGGUUAAGAAAUAGGCAUAUCUACAUAUCGGACCCUGCUUCCUCGCUCCCCCCGCUACUUCCGGGGACCGUUUUAACCCGCCAUGUCCGGAGAAGCUCCCGCCGGCGACCAGGCUGCUGAAUAUGUCCCAGAAAAAGUAAAGAAAGCUGAAAAGAAACUAGAAGAGAAUCCAUAUGACCUUGACGCUUGGAGCAUUCUCAUUCGAGAGGCACAGAAUCAACCUAUAGACAAAGCACGGAAGACCUAUGAACGCCUUGUUGCCCAGUUCCCCAGUUCUGGCAGAUUCUGGAAACUGUACAUUGAAGCUGAGAUAAAAGCAAAAAAUUAUGACAAAGUAGAAAAGCUAUUUCAGCGAUGCCUUAUGAAAGUCUUACACAUUGACUUGUGGAAGUGCUACCUUUCAUAUGUGCGAGAAACAAAAGGGAAGCUACCCAGUUAUAAAGAAAAAAUGGCUCAAGCAUAUGAUUUUGCUCUAGAUAAAAUUGGCAUGGAAAUAAUGUCAUAUCAGAUCUGGGUGGAUUACAUCAAUUUUUUGAAAGGCGUUGAAGCAGUAGGGUCCUAUGCAGAAAACCAGAGGAUAACUGCUGUCCGCAGGGUUUAUCAGCGCGGCUGUGUGAACCCCAUGAUCAACAUUGAACAGCUUUGGCGAGAUUAUAACAAGUAUGAAGAGGGAAUCAAUAUCCACUUAGCCAAAAAAAUGAUUGAAGAUCGUAGUAGAGAUUAUAUGAAUGCUAGACGUGUUGCUAAGGAGUAUGAGACUGUGAUGAAAGGUUUGGACCGUAAUGCUCCCUCUGUCCCACCACAAAAUACUCCACAAGAAGCACAGCAGGUAGACAUGUGGAAAAAAUACAUUCAGUGGGAAAAGAGUAACCCUCUGCGUACUGAAGACCAAACCCUCAUCACAAAGAGAGUGAUGUUUGCAUAUGAACAAUGCCUCUUAGUAUUGGGUCAUCAUCCGGAUAUCUGGUACGAAGCUGCACAAUAUCUUGAACAAUCCAGCAAACUGCUAGCUGAAAAAGGAGAUAUGAACAAUGCUAAACUUUUCAGUGAUGAAGCAGCAAAUAUUUAUGAAAGAGCAAUCAGCACUUUAUUAAAAAAGAACAUGCUUCUUUAUUUUGCGUAUGCAGAUUAUGAAGAGAGUCGUAUGAAAUAUGAGAAAGUACACAGCAUAUAUAAUAGACUCCUGGCUAUUGAAGACAUUGAUCCCACUUUGGUUUAUAUUCAGUACAUGAAAUUUGCAAGGCGAGCAGAAGGUAUAAAAUCAGGCCGAAUGAUAUUUAAGAAAGCACGAGAAGAUGCCCGUACCCGCCACCAUGUCUAUGUUACAGCUGCUCUGAUGGAAUAUUAUUGUAGCAAGGACAAGUCAGUGGCUUUUAAGAUUUUUGAGCUAGGCUUGAAGAAAUAUGGAGACAUUCCAGAAUAUGUCUUGGCAUAUAUUGAUUAUCUUUCUCAUUUGAAUGAGGAUAAUAAUACAAGAGUCCUGUUUGAACGUGUGUUGACCUCGGGGAGCCUUCCACCAGAGAAAUCUGGAGAAAUAUGGGCUCGAUUUUUAGCCUUUGAAAGCAAUAUUGGUGACUUGGCUAGCAUAUUAAAAGUUGAGAAACGAAGGUUUACAGCUUUCAAGGAAGAAUAUGAGGGCAAAGAAACAGCUUUGCUGGUAGACAGAUAUAAAUUCAUGGAUCUGUACCCUUGUUCUGCCAGUGAACUUAAAGCUCUUGGUUAUAAGGAUGUCUCUCGUGCAAAACUAUCAACCAUAAUUCCAGAUCCUGUAGUGGCACCUUCUAUAGUACCUGUGCUAAAAGAUGAAGCAGACAGAAAGCCAGAAUAUCCAAAACCAGAUACACAGCAAAUGAUUCCAUUUCAACCAAGGCAUUUAGCACCUCCUGGUUUACAUCCGGUUCCUGGUGGUGUGUUUCCUGUUCCACCUGCUGCUGUAGUUCUAAUGAAACUCCUCCCACCUCCUGUGUGUUUUCAGGGUCCAUUUGUGCAAGUGGAUGAACUCAUGGAGAUUGUCAGAAGAUGCAAACUUCCAGACACUGUGGAUGAAGCUGUACGGAUUAUUACGGGAGGCUUGCCUGACCUUUCAAUGGAAGGGAAUGGACCUUUGGAAAAUAAUACCCUUCUCAAUAAAUCUGUCAAAAGACCAAACGAAGAUUCAGAUGAUGAUGAGGAAAAGGGAUCAGUGGUUCCUCCAAUUCAUGACAUUUACAGAGCACGACAACAGAAGCGAAUCCGAUGAGGCAUGUUGCAAAUUCAGUUGUGAAGCUAAAGAACUUGUAAUAUGUUGUCUUUCAACAAAUCAAAUGUUUAAAAAGAAUUGAAAGUUUCUAACAUGCAUCUUGCAACUGAGGUUGUUUUGUUACUGUGGUGCCUCUUUUUUACCAGCUGUUUUUUCAUCAGAAAAGGAAAAAGGCAGAUGAACUAGCAAAUCUGAGUUCUGGCAGCAAACUACACAUUGGGACGCAGACCAUGCAAAACGUGUUUGCCAUGUGUUUGGUUGGUCUUCAGAUGUAUCCUCACACUCCACUUGAAUUCUUGUGGGGAUUUUGACAGUUUUAUUUUUAAAAACUGGAAAGCCUAUAAUGGGGAAAUAUUUUAAAUUCACAUUUCUGAAAAACCGUUCUCACUUUGCUCACGUAGUGUCUGUCCUGCCUUAUUCUUCAUUUUAAUUUAUGGCAGAAUGAAUGGAAGCUGUUUUGUAGUUUAAAAUAGAAAAAAUUGUUCCUUUCAAAUAAAGGAUCUCCAUAAA